UCUGUAAAAAAUUAAAAUUUCAUUCCAUUCAUGCCUCCGGGAAAGAAUUGUUUGUAUAUUUAUUUUUAAUUCAACAUAUAAAGGACGUGAAACUGUUCAACUGUAUUUAUAAUUGUCAAACUAGAUGAAGCAAUUCAUGUGUUCUUCUAAUGGCUUUCUCUCUGGGAUGCUUCCUGCUGUUGGUGGUUAUCUUACUUACUCACAGACUUCGUCAAUGGCUGAGAUAUAAGCUUCCACCGGGUCCAUACCCCUGGCCACUCAUUGGAAACAUUUUCCAGCUGAAACCAGAUAGAUUGAUGAGUUACACUGAGUGGUCAAAGAUUUAUGGCCCCAUAAUCUCUGUCUGGCUGGGCUCAACUUUGAAUGUUGUAGUGUCAAACUCAGAAUUAGCCAUGGAAGUGCUCAAAGACAACGACCAUCAACUGGCGAAUAGGCACAGAACCAUGGCGGCAGAUUUCCUUACCAAAAAUGGCAGAGACCUUAUAUGGGCUGAUUAUGGCCCUCACUAUGUUAAAGUAAGAAAAGUGUGUUACCUUGAGUUGUUCUCACCUAAAAGCGUUGAAGCUGUUAGACCCAUUAGAGAAGAUGCAGUUAGAGCCAUGAUUGAAUCAAUUUUCAAAGGCUUCUGCAAUGGUAAUCCUGAUAAUCGUGGUGGUAAAGGUUUGGUUUUGAGAAAGUAUUUGGGUUCAGUAGCGUUUAAUGUUAUAACAAGAUUAGUGUUUGGGAACAGUUUUGUGAGUAAAGAAGGGAUAAUGGAUAAUCAAGGAUUAGAAUUGCAAGCAAUUUUAGCUGCUGAGUUUAAGCUUAGCACAUUUAUGGACAUGGUCGAACACAUUGGGUGGCUAAAAUGGGUCUUAUGCUUCUAUAAUGGUGAGGCACUUUCAAAGCAUUUGGCUCGUAAAAGCCGAUUAGUCCGAGAUAUAAUGGACGAACAUAGGGCUAAAAGAACUAAGAGUGACAACGGGAAGCAACAUUUUGCAGAUGCGUUGCUUGGUCUUGAGGCAAAAUAUAACCUCGGUGAGGACACCAUUAAUGGAUUGGUUUGGAACAUGAUCACUGCAGGCAUGGACACUAUAGCAGUCUCAGUUGAAUGGGCCAUGGCUGAGUUGGUCAAGAACCCACGGGUUCAACACAAGGCUCAAGAGGAACUCGAACGCGUUAUUGGGUUGAAUCGUGUGGUCAACGAAGCAGACAUCGUCAACCUCCCUUACUUACAAUGUGUAGCCAAGGAGUCACUAAGAUUACACCCUCCAACGCCAUUGCUGCUGCCCCAUAGAGCCAAUUGCAGAGUCAAAAUCGGCGGAUAUGAUCUUCCCAAGGGGACUAUAGUUCAUGUAAACGUUUGGGCUAUUGGCCGAGACCCCUCUGUGUGGAACGACCCCCUUGAGUUUAGGCCUGAAAGGUUCUUGCAGAAGGAUGUUGACAUGAAGGGCCAUGAUUUUCGGCUGCUACCAUUUGGUGCAGGAAGGCGCAUAUGCCCGGCGGCACAGCUAGCCACAAACUUGGUAAUGUCAAUGCUCGGUCACCUGUUGCAUCAUUUUAGAUGGACUCUGCCUGAUGCUGUUAGGUCAGAGGAGAUUGACAUGUCAAUGAGGCCUGGAUUGGUCACUUACAUGGGGACUCCCUUGAAGGUUGUUCCUUCGAUGAGGUUGCCUAUACACUUGUACGAAUGAACAUCUUAGGUUCGACAAUUUUUAAUAAUAAUCUGAAAUUUUGAAUUGAUUCAUAAA